ACUUGCGCUGCACCCGGGUGGAACGCGGCCGCGACGGGGCGGGCGGACUCGUGGGCGUUCAGAGCCGGACUCGGGUCCUCGGCGCUUGGCACUCGAACUCCUAUCCCGACCUGCACCCGGCCCGGGACCCUGACCCCGACCCGGCUUGGCCCGGCCCCCGUCCUCGACCCCCAGGCCGAUGGACUACUCCUACCUCAAUUCGUACGACUCGUGCGUGGCGGCCAUGGAGGCGUCCGCCUACGGCGACUUCGGCGCCUGCAGCCAGCCCGGCGGCUUCCAAUACAGCCCCCUUCGGCCCGCCUUCCCCGCGGCCGGGCCGCCCUGCCCCGCGCUCGGCUCCUCCAACUGCGCGCUUGGCGCUCUACGCGACCACCAGCCCGCGCCCUACUCGGCAGUGCCGUACAAGUUCUUCCCGGAGCCGUCGGGCCUGCACGAGAAGCGGAAGCAGAGGCGCAUCCGUACCACGUUCACGAGCGCGCAGCUCAAGGAGCUAGAGCGAGUCUUCGCGGAAACCCACUAUCCGGACAUUUACACGCGGGAGGAGCUGGCACUCAAGAUUGACCUCACUGAGGCUCGCGUGCAGGUCUGGUUCCAGAACCGCCGGGCCAAGUUCCGAAAACAGGAGCGCGCGGCUAGCGCCAAGGGUGCGGCAGGCGCCACGGGCGCCAAGAAGGGCGAGGCACGCUGCUCGUCAGAGGACGACGACUCCAAGGAGUCCACGUGCAGCCCCACGCCCGACAGCACCGCGUCGUUGCCGCCGCCGCCCGCGCCCGGCCUGGCCAGCCCGCGCCUGAGCCCCAGCCCACUGCCCGCUGCCCUUGGCUCCGGUCCUGGCCCGGGCCCGGGGCCACAGCCGCUCAAGGGCCCUUUGUGGGCGGGCGUGGCGGGCGGUGGGGGCGGCGGGCCCGGCGCUGCGGAGCUGCUUAAGGCCUGGCAGCCAGCAGAGCCGGGGCCCGGGCCCUUCUCCGGGGUUCUGUCCUCCUUUCACCGGAAGCCCGGCCCCACCCUGAAGACCAAUCUCUUCUAGCCGCUGGACUCUGGAGGCUCCGGGCCUGGCCCCAGAGACGCCCCAUACCCCUCCAAGACCUGACAAAGUCCCUCCCCAUCUGGCCGCCUACCUGGAAACCCCCAUACGUCCUCACCUCCCACCGUGUCUGACCCCUAGGUGUCCCCUCCCCAGUUUUGGAGAGCAAGUCAGAGCCACUCUUGUCCUCAACCAGCAGAGUGGGGUACUUUUCACUGGGACGCCCCCAACCCUUCCUCCAAUGAGAGCCCAAAGACCCUCUAGUUUGGCUUUCU